AUGUCCCAGCGAACCGCCCUUGUCACAGGCGCCACGGGCUUGCUGGGUCGCCAAGUGUACCAAGCUUUCUCCUCCCCCGGAUCCAAGUGGACAGUCAAGGGGACCGGCAACUCGCGCGCAGACGGCGUGGAAAUCCUCAAGUGUGAUCUGAGCUCGGAAGAGGAGAUCAGCGCGCUGCUGUCCAAAGUCAAGCCCAACGUGAUCGUUCACUGUGCCGCCCAGCGCUUCCCAGACAAGGUCGACAAGGACCCUGAAGCCGCCCGGGCCCUCAACAUCACCGCGUCCUCCACCCUCGCCCGCCUCGCUGCACAGCACGAUGCAUUCCUCAUCUACAUCUCGACCGACUACGUCUUCCCCGGGCGACCGGGCGAGGCACCCUACGCCGCGAGCGCCACGCCCGCUCCCACCAACCUCUACGGGCAGACAAAGCUCGACGGCGAGAGGGCCGUCUUGGAGCACAAGGGCACCGUCGUCCUCAGGGUGCCUGUCCUGUACGGCACUGCCGACACACCCAGCGAAUCCGCGGUGAACACGCUGCUCGACACGGUCUGGAAGGUGCAGACAGAGGGCGCCCCCGUCAAGAUGGACCACUGGGCCAUCCGCUAUCCCACUAACACCGAGGACGUCGCCCGCGUCUGCCGCGACGUGGCCGACGUGUACCUGUCCCACGCUGAUGCCGCUUCCCUCCCCAGGAUCCUGCAGUUCUCCAGCGAGGACAGGAUGACAAAGUACGAGAUCUGCGAGAAGUUUGCCGGCAUCAUGGGCUUGAAGCUGGACGGGAUGGAGGCGAACACGGAGGGCAACGACCCCAACGCUGCGGUCCAGAGACCCUACGACUGCCACUUGGAUACCAAGGAGUUGAAAGACCUGGGCAUCAACGUGUCGACAAUGGACUUUGUAGACUGGUGGAGGCGAGAGGUCAGAGCGUUCCGGAAGUGA